UUGUAUAUAAGGUAUACGUAUAUAGCUUACACGUGUAGUUAUAUUUUUUUAACAUAAAUACAUUUUUAAUAAUCACAGACGCGACAUAUGUAUGUCAGUAAUUAUUUCUUUUAAACUUUAUAUAAUCCUUUUAGCAUUUGAAUUAACAACUUUAUGGAAAAAGGAAUGAAGAGAGGAAAAUGCGGAAAGCAAGCAGGUUGAUUUACAUAUCAUUAAAAUUUUAACGUUUUAAUUUUAAAUAUAUUAUAGAAUAAUCUAGAUAGUCCAUUUUAAUUUAUUCCGUCUUAAAAGAUAUACGUUGAAGUCAUAUAGUUGUAAAUCUUUUUUACAGCAUUGAAGAUUAUAAACAAAAUGAUGCUGCUAUCGAAAAUUUUCGAGAAACAAUAGAUGUUCUACUCUUUGGAUAUAACAAUCGUAUGCAAUAUUGCUCGCAAAUAUUAUCAAAUCGUUUAACUUUAUAUGUAUACCACUUGGAGAUUUGAUCGAUGAUAAACAGCUUUUUAUUUAUUCCUAAACUAUAAAACUAUGAUCGAGCAUAUAUGUGAGCUGCCUUUGAAAAGAGAAAACAAGUUUCCUUUUAUGGUUAUAAAACCAUUGACUUUCAAAAAUGUGUGGAUUACCUGGUGUGGUAUCAACGAAUAUACUCCAAAAUGCGGUCUUUACAUGGAUAGCAUGGCCACAAUGACUACUGAAAAAAUAAGGCAUGCUGGAUCUAAAUAUUGGUGGAUAAUACAUCCAUUCAGUUACGCUAGAUUAAUGUGGGAUACCUUGAUGAUGGUAAUAUACUUGAUUGCUUUCUUUACAAUUCCUUUUAUGAUUUGCUUCGUUAUAAUGGAUUAUGAAAUAAUUCGUCUGGAUACAGUAAACAUUCCAAUUUACGUAAUCUGCUGGUUAGAUAUAAUGCUCAAUUGUAUUACGGGAUAUUACGAUGAGAAAACCAUGUCGGUCGAGUUGAAACCUAUUAAAAUAUUUAUCUUUUACUUAAAAGGAUUUCUUGUGCCGGAUGCGCUGUCAUCUGUUCCGUUUGAUCAUGUGACACUACGAUGGCGAAGAUUGCCGGGAAAUAAUCCUCAUUUUAUUGUUACUCUAAUUAAUAUUAUGCCUCUCAUAAAAUUCACCCGCUAUUAUACUUUCAACUCGAACAUUUAUUAUCUAUUUACGCAUUUUGAAAUAAAAAACUUUUAUUUUGAAUUGUGUACUAGCCUAUUACUAGGAUUGUACUUAAUCUUUUGGUUUGCUUGCUUGUGUUAUUUAAUACCGAUUUUACUGAUGUACUUUGUCAACAUUCCACCAACAGAAUGCAAGGAUUGUUGGAUGAUGAGAUUGGAAGACAGCAGUCUGAAAUUCAGAUUCAAGAACGCGGCAUUUAUCGUACUAGAAAAUAUAUUAUCAAGCGGUUACGGCCCAUUCGUACCGGAGACGGAUGGCCCCAUCCUUUUCAAUAGCAUUCUUAUGAUUAUCGGCAGAUUCAUCGUUUGUUAUAUGUUGAUUAUGUUCCUUCAUAUCAAAGCUGAAAGAAAAUCAUCCGAAUCAAAAUUUCAAGAAUUAAUAGAUCAAGUGAAAGCAUACACGAGACAAAAACAAUUAUUGCCACAUAUGAAGAAACGUCUCUUAGCUUAUUAUCAUUACCGUUUCAAAAACACUUACUUUCGAAGUAAACGGAUUUUGUCGGAUUUAACUGAAUCAUUACGUGAAGAGAUUGCGCUUCAGUCUUGUCGACGAUUGAUUGAAAAUGUAGCAAUUUUUAAGAAUUUGCCAAGAAAUGUUCUGCAGUCAAUAGUGAAACAUUUAAAAUUUGAGUUAUAUUUGCCAAAUGACGUAAUCAUUAAAGCUGGUAGUCAGGGUGAUUGCAUGUUCUUUUUAUCCUCCGGUACUGUUGCAGUUUUAACGCCAACUGGAAAGGAAAUGUGCCAUUUAAAUGAUGGUGCCCAUUUCGGCGAAGUCGCGCUCUUAGUGGCGGAUCAACGAAGAGUAGCCAGUGUUAUCGCGAUCGAAGUCUGUGAGGUAUAUCGGCUAGAUCGUAAAGAUUUUCGUCAAUGCAUAGACGUACACAGCGAAUUAUUCGCGGAGAUUGAACGUAUCGCCACGGAACGCAUAGAAAGAACCGUCAGAGCCGAGGAACAACACAAACGUUUUUUGAUGCGUCCUAGUCGCGUGCCGAAUUUACGUAAUGGAUUAACGAAAACUUAAGUUUAUAUAUGUAUGCAUACAUGUAUAUAUUAAGUGCUGUUUAAUUUUUGUAUCCAUUUUUUAAUCUUUGAAGGUUCAAAGAAUAAGUAUUUCUGAUCCGCGCAGUAAAUCUCUAUAUAUGUAAUUAUACUAUAUAUUUUGUACAUAUAUAGUAUUAUAUGUAAUAUAUCAUUUUGUCAAAAAACUGUUAUAUAUAUAGUAUCACUACCAGUUAGCAAUUAGAAAAAGAUUGGUCUUAUUAACUGAUUUUUUGUUACUGUAAAAUAAUAAUCGUUUUGACAUUGUAAUUGCAUAUAUUUAAGGAUCUGCUUAUAUAUUA